UGUCAAGAGUGAAGAAGAUGAUGAUGAUAAUGAUGAUGAGAAACCUCAGUACUCACAACCUCCAAGCUGCAAGAUGGAACCUGAUGGAAUGGGCUGUAGAAUACCAGAACCUGUUGGAAACUCAAACCGCUUUAGUCAUUUAGCAGGAGACAUAGGUGACAAGUCUUUAGAUUCUUCUGACCCCGAGAGUGACAACAGCGAUUUUUGGACAGAGACCAGGAAGCGUCCAUUACUUUUAAAAGCCAUGAAGCAUAAUGAGUUCCCAGUCAGAGGACCACAGGCAGGUCCUAAUACCAGGAGAAGUAAUGUAGUCCCUGUAAGUGACAUGGACUAUGAACCUGAAAAGAACUCUCUGACAUGCAAUGAAUGUGGGACGUGUUUUACCUGUGAGCACAGCCUGAUGAGACACCGACUGUGUCCGAGAGAGAGGAAUAAAUCAUGGUGGUGCUCCCUCUGUGCUGCGCAGUUUCCCUCUGAGAAAUCCUUGGAGCGGCACAUGGCUGUUCUCCACGCUAAACGAAUCACGUGUCCCAUGUGCGACAAAAUCUUCACGCGGUACAAAAAUCUGAAACAGCAUGACUGUGUAACUCCGUUUCAUCAAAGACAAACUGAGGACAUCAAGGAGGAGGACUGUGGAGGAUCAGAACCCGGCAGUUAUCACUUGUGUUUCAUGCUUUACAUCAUUAAAACAUCUCCAGAGACAUGUGGUUGUUCAUCAGUGGGUGAAAGAGAUCAACUGCUGCACCUGUGACAAGACGUUCACUCAGUACAAAGAGCUUCGAAAGCAUCAGUACUUUUGUGAGUU